AUGAGGAAUUGGCUCCUCCUAUGGUUGGUCUUAAUACUUGCACAUACCAACCCUUUCAGCAUAGACACAGUAUUGGUCUCGGGCCAGUGUUUCGGCGAUCAGAAAUUGCUGCUGCUGGAAUUGAAGAAUAGCCUCAACUUCUCUGCUUCAUUUUCCACUAAAUUGAUCAAAUGGAAUCAGAGCAAUGAUUCUUGGGACGGCGUGACCUGCAAAGGCGGCCAAGUCACGGGGCUUGAUCUGACCAACGAGAGUAUCGCUGGUGGACUUAAUGACUCAUCGAGUCUUUUCAGACUCAAUUAUCUUCAGAGGCUGAAUUUGGCUUUCAACAACUUCCCGUCUUCGGAGAUUCCAUCUGGGUUCGGUAAUCUCACCAAUUUGGUCUACCUAAAUCUUUCAAAUGCAGGGUUCAGAGGACAGGUUCCAAUUGGAAUAUCACGUUUGGCAAGGUUGGUUACUCUUGAUAUAUCGCUACUUUAUUUUCCUGGGCUCAAUUCACUGAAACUUGAGAAUCCGAAUCUAAAGAUGCUUGUUGGGAAUCUUACCGAGUUGAGAGAGUUUUGCCUUGAUGGAGUGAACGUCUCUGCUACAGGGAACGAAUUGUGCAAUGCCUUGUCUUCUUCACUGCCAAAACUUCAAGUGUUGAGCAUGAUGAAUUGUUAUUUAUCAGGUCCCAUCAAGUCUUGCUCUUCCCUCGUGAAUCUUCGCUUUCUCUCAGUGAUUAAACUGGGAAACAAUAAUCUGUCUACCACCGUCCCAGAGUUCUUUGGCCACUUCAACAAUUUAACUAAUCUGGAUCUCAGUAAUUCUGGCCUGCAAGGAGAAUUUCCUCAAAAAUUCAUCCAGUUACAAACACUUCAGACCCUUGACCUAUCAUUCAAUGAGCUCCUUCAGGGUUCUUUGCCAGAAUUUGCAAAGAAUGCUUCUCUUCAGACACUUGUUCUUAGUUUCACAAAUAUUUCUGGGAGGCUUCCAGAUUCAAUUGGUAAUCUCAGGUAUCUGUCAAGAAUAGAAUUGGUGAAUUGCAGCUUUGAUGGAAAUAUCCCAAGCUCUUUUGCCAAUCUUUCGCAAUUGACUUAUGUGGACUUCUCAUUGAACAAUUUUAUUGGUUCAAUUCCAUCACUCAGAAAGUCCAAGAAUCUAACACAAAUCACUUUGUCCCACAAUUAUCUGACUGGUCAGAUUGAUUUAAUCCAAUGGGAAUAUCUCUCGAGUCUUCUUAUUCUCAACCUGCAAUUCAAUUUAUUGAAAGGAAAUAUUCCCUCAUCUCUGUUCAUACUUCCAUCGAUUCAGAAGCUUCAACUUUCCUACAACCAAUUUUCUGGUCAAGUGAAGGAAUUUUCUGAUGCUACAUUGCACAAACUGGAUACACUUGAUUUGAGCUACAACAAUAUAGGAGGAGAACUACCGAUGUCUAUAUGGGAACUCCGAAGGCUCAAGUACCUCUCACUUUCUUUCAAUAAUUUUAGUGGCUCAUUCCAUAUUAAUUUGGUUCAGCAGUUGAGAAAUCUUUCGUAUUUGGAUCUUUCUUACAAUCGUUUUUCCAUUAAUACCACAAAGGCAUCUUCAGUCCCUGACCUUUCAACCUUAUAUUUGGCUUCUUGCCAGUUGAGGACUAUACCUGAGUUCCUCGCUGGGCAACAUAGAUUGGCUCCGUGGAGAAACAUUGCCCCUGCCGCCAUUUGCCACAUGGACUUCUCGAGCAACAACUUCACUUUAGUCAUUCCACCUGCUAUUGGUACAACACUUUCUGGGGCAGUAUUCUUCUCCCUGUCACGUAACUAUAUCCAAGGGUUUAUCCCAAAAUCAAUUUGCAAAGCUGACUAUCUCGAGGUGCUCGACCUAUCUCAUAACAAUUUGAGGGGAAAUAUUCCUGAUUGCUUAGUGAUGGAGUCUCUCAAGAUAUUAGAUCUGCGAAAUAAUGCCUUGGAUGGUAGCAUUAUCAAUUUCCCUGAAACAUGUGGUUUGAAGACUUUGGAUCUCAGCAGAAAUCUGUUAGGGGGGAAGUUUCCAACGUCAUUGGCAAAUUGCACAACUCUAGAGGUUUUAGAUGUGGGAACUAACCAGAUUGAAGACGUGUUUCCAUGUGAAUUGAAGAGCAUCGCAAGUCUACAUGUCCUUGUGUUAGGAUCAAACAAGUUCCAUGGAGGGGUUGGAUGUCCAGAAACCAAUGGCAAUUGGACGAUGCUUCAAAUUGUAGACAUAUCUUCCAACAAUUUCAGUGGCACUCUGCGUGUUGAGUGGCUCACAAGUUUGGAGGCUAUGAAGGCUAAUAUAGACUUCAAUGAUAUCGAGUAUUCAUUCCUUCCCUUUUCUAGACUCUAUUAUGAGGACGCGGUAAGCAUCGCCGUCAAAGGUCUGCAAUUGGAGCUGGUGAAGAUCUUGACUAUUUUCACUUCAAUUGACUUCUCAUGCAACAAUUUUGAAGGUCCAAUACCCGAUACUCUGGGGGCUCUCAAAGUGCUUUAUUUCCUCAACUUAUCAAACGAUGCAUUCUCAGGGCCAAUUCCUCCAUCCCUAGGACACUUACAUCAGCUUGAGUUCUUGGACCUUUCACAGAACGACCUCGAUGGGACGAUUCCAACACAGCUUUCAGACCUUAAUUUUCUUUCUGUGUUGAACCUCUCAUACAAUAAACUUGUGGGAUGCAUCCCAGUGAUCAAACAAUUUCUCACCUUUUUAGCAAGUUCCUUCGAAAAUAAUAGUGGAUUGUGUGGAUUUCCUCUGGAAACAAUUUGCUCAAGUUCUUUAAGGGGAAACCUUGGAUUGUGUGGGAUUCCCCUCAAGAAAACUUGCUCAAUUACUAGGAAUAGGACGGAAGAAGCAGGUUGUGUUCCAUCUGAAAGUGACCCAGAUGAUGGCGGCGACGAUGAUGAUAACGAGAAGAAGUGGUUUUACAUGGGCAUACCACUUGGGUUCGUGGUUGGCUUUUGGAUAUUUUGUGGUCCAUUAGCCUUUAUCAGAUCAUGGAGGUUUGCUUAUUAUCGAUUCUGGGAUAAAGCGUUGUUCAGACACUCAUGUCCAUGA